UAAACAGUGCUUUGUAUGUUAUUUGAUUCAGUUUGUGAAGACAGACAAGUUCCCUGUGAAGCUGCACUACGUUGAACAUCUAGAUGAAGUGUGGGUGCUGUGUUGGAAUUCAGACAGAAACACUGGCUCAAAGACCAUCGUGGUCAUCCGUGAUGCUAGCAAGGACAGCAGAAAUCACAUGGUACACACUCAGCCAAUUGGGAACCACUUUGAUUUGGUACAGGACAUGUUCCUGCCACCACAGAACGACCUUGGCCAUGAUUUCCACUAUGGUUACGUCAUCCACAAUGAACAGCGUGGCCUAUUUAAACUUGACCUAGAUACCAUGCGCUACACCAAGGCUGUAGACCUCAGUACCUUUGACUGUGUCCCCCAGAAAGUGGCAUUUAUCCCGAUUGGUGGCCAUGUUGUGGUGAAGUGUAUCAAGAAGAUGAUGGAUGACACACGUACGCUCCAGAUCCUGAUGGACUACGUCACUGACGCACCUCUGGCCAACAUCACCAUGUUUGGUACUCCCUAUGUGUCACCUGACUCCCGCACCAUUGUAACUGUGGAUGAAGUCACUGGCAAGGUCAGGGUGGCCACCAUUCAGGAAGAUGGUCAGAUCAAGAAGGGUAUUGAUGUGAGUGUGGCUUCCUCUAUCAGUGAUGUCACAUUCUUCCCCUCUCAGGUCAGCACGGGAUACGACCUCUACCUGACCUCACAGGACCAUGCUGUAGUCUUCCAUGUAAACCUGGUGAAUGGAAAAGUCACAACAAUCAAAGAUGCUGAGGAUCCCAGAACUGUCCGGGUAUGGCCAUGGUCACAGGCAACACGCUCCAUAUCACACGGGAAUGUGUUUAGCAACUACCUCGCCACACCCUCCAAGUCAUCACUGGUCAUUGUGAACGGACGUGACAUGCAUGUGCAUUGUAAAUUUGCUGACUUGGAUAGCCCAGACUCUGUACUUUUCUCCACGUCCAACCUCGGCUGAACAUCUGUCUCAUUGAUCCAACACUAUUUUUCUAUACAAUUAUUACAAACCCUAGAUGUAAUUUAAUUCAAAAUACCAAUGUUAUAUGUCUAGGUACUUAAGUAACUUAAUUGCAUAUAAAUAUCGAGGUAUGCAAUAUUUUGUCUUAAAUCUCUGGGUAAAAGAUAAUACCUUACAGAGAUAUUUUGUUGUCUUAUAAAAAUAUCAAAGAAAACUAUUAAUUUAAUAACAACAAAGAAAAACUUUGUAGAUAUCAUAAGCAGAACUUAAGAUUUUCCCCAGUCAUUAAAGGACAGAAAUCAAAAAUGUUUCUAUGAAAUUACCUACCUUUUAAAACUCAAAAUAUACAAAGUUUUUACAAAUUCUGAUAGAACAGAAAGAAAAAAUACUUGGUUAUAUGCAAAAUACACAAUCAGUGUGUUUGAACACAUUAUCUCAGUCACUGUCAACCAGAUUCUAUGUGCAUUUUACUAACCUGGAUUUCUUACUUUUUCUGUCAUACAAAGUGAUGCUGGUCAUGAAAGGAUAAAUCACUUGUCAACAGAGGGAUACCACAGUGUUCUGUAACCUAGGGAUACCCUAGUGGUACAUGUGGAUACCCCAGUGUUACGUAGGGUUACCACAGUGUUACGUAGGGAUAUUCCGUGAUACAUAGGGAUACCCCUGUGUUACGUAGGAAUUCCCCAAUGAUACAUAGGGAUACCCCUGUGUUACGUAGGAA